GGUACAGCAAUGAUACCUCUACCAUGAAAAAAGGUGAGCACUUUGCUUUAGGGAAAUGGCUUAAAAGCGAUCUGUGCUACACAUUUGCUAAAAACACCUUUCCCUUCACCAACAUUGGGAUCACCACAGAUGUGUGUGGGCCCUCAAGCUCACACAGCCACUUGGCCUUGUAUGCCUACACCAUGGCCAUUCCCCAUUUCUGUAUGAGAGAAUGCUGGGACACAUGGAGAGAAGAAUAGAUAACUACAUGUAAAAGGUUUAAUAUGAAUACCAACAAGAAGCAGAGAUUGGAUAUGGAGAAGCCUACCAUGUCUAUUAAGAACUACUUUGUGGAUAAAACAAACGAGUCCCUUGCACCCAGAAGAACACUUAAAGUAAUCCAGCCAUCUGCAUCUGGAUGCCUUGUUGGAAGGACCAAAGAGCCUGUUAAAAAUUCUACAAAAAGAAAGCUGUGGAAUGAUCAGCUGACUUCAAAAAAGGCUAAAGUUGAAGUGGCUGUUGAUCCAGAACACAGGGAAAACAAAGAUUGCUCAUCUGAAGCUUAUGACCUUAUGGUGAAAGAAACACCAACUUGCCUUUACUGGAAGGAGGUUGCAGAGGAACGAAGAAAGGCCCUCUAUGAAGCAUUACAGGAAAAUGAGAAGCUGCAUAAAGAAAUAGAACUCAAAGAUGAAGAAAUUGCACGUUUGAAACAAGAAAAUGACGAAUUAAUGGAACUUGCUGGGCAUGUACAAUACAUGGCUAAUAUGAUUGAAAGGCUCACUGGAAAUGCUCCACGAAGUCUUGAAGACUUAAAGGAUUUGGAUUUGGAAGAAGCAAGAUUUGAAGAUGAAGCAGACAUGGCAGAAGCAAGGAUUGAAGAUGAAACUGACAUGGCUCGGCCCUCUAAUUCAGAUCAGAAUAUGGAUGCACAUACUGUCUAGGCUGUGAAUUGACCACAUGAGACUUAAAGUGGCCUGAAACAUAUUUAAAGAUGUCAUGGUCAGUGGAGGGUGGAAACAUGCCAUUUUGUAAUUGUCCAAUGUUUUGGGAAGGGUUUAAUUUCGGUGAAACUGACCUUAAACUACAGAACUUGCCAUCUGAAAGUUUUUAUCUGCUAAAUAUUUAAGUUGGUCACUUGACAGACAAAUACUAUGUAUUUCUUUAUUGUAAAUAGGUUUUUUUAAUGUUCCAGCCUUUAUGUGAGGUGAUUGUACAUACUUGAAUAAACUUCAGUUUUGAACGUGUUCUAAACAAA